AUGUCCCCCGCGUACAAGAACAUUGCCAUCGUUGGUGCCAGCGGCAGCAUCGGGAAGAUCAUCCUCAACGGCCUGAUUGAAUCCUCGCAGUUCUCUAUCACCGCCAUCACCCGCAAGGAGAGCGAGGCUACCUUCCCUGCCGGAGUCACCAUCCACAAGACCGACCUUUCAGAGUCCGACCUCGAAGAUGCGUUCAAGGGCAAGGACGCCGUUAUUUCCACCGUCGGAGCUGCAGGGUUCGCUGAGCAGCAGAAGCUCGUCGAUGCCGCUCUUCGCGCCGGAGUCAAGCGCUUCAUCCCCUCUGAGUUCUCGGCUAAUAACCAGAAUGAGAACGUUCUGAAGCUAUUGCCUCUUUUCGGCCAGAAGACGGAGCUACUCAAGUACCUGAAGACCAAGGAGUCUGAAGGACUUACCUGGACCGGUAUUGUGCCGUCGCUACUGUUUGAUUGGGGUCUGGAGAACGGCUUCCUCGGCUUCGACAUUCCCAACCGCAAGGCUACGAUCUGGGAUGGCGGAAACAAGAAAUUCACCCUUACCAACGAAAAGCAGCUCGCACAAGCUGUAGUGUCCACACUCCAACGUCCCGAGGCGACCAAGAACCAGUACCUGGUUAUUGCUUCGGUGGAGACUAGCCACAAGGAGAUACUCGCCGCUUUGGAGGAGGCGACUGCUGCCAAGUGGGAGGUUACAAUGACAACCACAGAAGAGCAGGUAAAUGAUGGUCUGCAAAAGGUUGGAGCCGGUGAUUUCAGUGGCGCAUUUGCCUUGGUCCGGGCUAUUUGCUUUGGUAGCAUUCCUGGCUUGAAUGCGAACUAUGUCAAGGAUGAGAAGCUUGGAAAUUAUGUGUUAGGACUAGAUUUGGAGAGUGUCGAGGAGACUGUGAAGCGCGUUAUGAAAUACUAA